AUGUAUGAUAUGAUCAUCAUUGGCUCUGAUUAUAGUACUGUUGAGGAGGUUAAGUAUCAGUUGUUUCAGGAGUUCGAGAUGAAGGAUUUGGGGUCUCUUCGGUAUUUUCUUGGUAUUGAGGUUGCUACUUCUCCUAGUGGGUAUCUUCUCUCUCAGACUAAAUAUGCCCGUGAUAUUCUUUCUCGUGCCAAUCUUACUGAUGACAAAAUUGUCGACACUCAUUUUCAGUUGCAUGCUAAGUUUUCUACUUUUGAUGGCGUUCCUCUUGAGGAUCUCACUUUGUAUCGCGAGUUGGUUGGGUGCCUUGUUUAUCUCACCGUUACUCAUCCGGAUAUCUCCUAUGCUGCAGGUGACUUCUCUGAUUGUAAAUCCACUUCUGGUCUUUGUGUUUUCCUUGGUGAUUCUCUCAUAUCUUGGAAAAGUAAGAAACAACUUGUUGUUGCUCGUUCCAACACUAAGGCUGAGUAUCAUGCCAUGGCUCAUGUUACUUCCAAGAUCGUUUGGCUUUGGUGGCUUCUCUCUAAUAUGGGUGUCUCUCUUUCUGAUUCGACUUCGUUAUAUUGUGAUAAUCAAAGUGCUGUCCAGAUUGCCCAUAAUUCAGUUUUCCAUGAGUGA